UAUUCGGCUUUCUGUCAGUCAGUCAGUCAAGUCAGUUGCUUGCUGUCAAUAAGAAUUUCGCAAAAUAUCGCAUAAUUCUAUUAUUACAUCGCUAUUUCUAAUAAAACUAGUUUAUGCUCUUAUAACAUACUAUAGCAUAUGCUACUGUGUGAUUUCUUCAUUUGUUUAACGUAAAAUAUGGUGUGCAACAUCGCUUUCACGUUCAAUAUACUACAAACAGCUGUUUUCUUGUAAAGAUUGCCACCGACACAAUCAUGUGCUGUUAAAAAGGAAGCUUGUAGCUCCUGCGGGAGCUACUUCGUAGCUGAGUUCUACAUCGUACCUGUGAAUUGCUCAUUGACAUUAAUCGUGAAAUCACUCACAUAUCUCUUAAUAUUAUUUACAAGAAUCUAGUCUAUACCAAUAUAUUUUUCUGCUUUUACGGUACUAUAAACGGUACAAAAUGAGUAAGCAUAAAGCCGAAGUAGAUUGCACUGCACGGUGCAGGUCUCGGAGCCACGGACAGGCUCUGACGAGCGCUAUUACUAAGAGAUCUAUCAGUGAUCAAGCUCUGGCAAGCUUCAUCAAAGGAACAUGCGCUAACUUUAACAAGGCAUUCGAUUUUGAGGGUCGCACAGCGCUCCACACGGCGGCGUCUCGCGGCCGCCUCACCCUGAUGGACUGGCUGAUCCGCCACUCCUCCGUGGCCUUCAUCAACGCCCGCGACCGUGAGUCCGGCUACACUCCCCUACAUCGCAGCGUGUUCUACGGACAAAUACAUGCUGCUGUCGCUCUCAUGAAGAUAGGUGUAAACACAGACAUAGUGGACAAAGACGACUACAAGGCCCUGGAACACUCGAUGCUGGACCGGCAGUACAUGUACAAGCACGAGGGUACCCAGCCCAGCGAGGUGUACGUGUGGGGCAGCAACUGCAACUACACGCUCGGCACGGGCACCCAGCAACAGAGGAACUCCCCCGAACUGCUCACCUGCUUCAACAGAGCCAAUACUUGUGUCAAACAGGUGUGCCUAGGCAAGUUCCACAGCGUGUGGGUGGGCGGCGCGGGCGAGGCGUGGUGCUGCGGCCAGCAGGCCCGCGCGGGCGGCCCGCACGCCACGGCGCUGCGCCCCACGCCGCUCAGACUGCCCGAGCCCUGCGCCGCCGUCGCCAUCACGCUCAACUCUACUAUAUUCCUCAUGGAAAGUGGGACGAUACUACAAUACGCGUUGAACAGUACGGACAACGUGAGCCAAUCCACGACGAAGGCCCCGGCGUCCAUAAAGCUGGCGUCGACGAAGCCCCUGCUGAAGCUAUCGGAGCCGCUGGGCGUGGUCGGGGCGCGGGCCCACGCCGUCGUGUGGAACACUCACGCAGUGUAUACAUGGGGACACAACAACGGACAACUGGGACAUUCUAAUGAAGACAAGUUUGUUCCUGCACCGAAACGGGUGGCUAUAUCAAUGAACAACAAGGAAGAAGUUGGCAUCCAGCUGGUGGACGCGUCGGACGCGGCGACAGUAAUCACCACCAGGCGCGGGGAUGUGUACCUACUGCACAAGUACAUCUGCAAGAAGAUCGCCAUCAAACAAAUAAACCUGCGCCAAGUAUGCGUCGAGGCGAAGGUGAACGACCAAGGUUCCUACUCCCGCGUCACGGUACUACUGCUCACCAACGUGGGACAACUCUUCAUAUGGCAGGAUACCACCAACAAACUUACUAGAUGUGUCUUCGGCCUGGUCCACCAAACUAUAAUAACACACGUCGCACUCACACACGACGCCGUCUACUUCACGACUAAAUACGGCGAAGCAUUCAUUGGUACGAUCUCCCGCAAAACCACGCCCACCCCAGCGCCGCAGCCAAUCAAAAAGGAGCGAGAAAGAGACAACAAGUCCCCGCUUGUGAAGUUUUUAGAAAAGGAUGACUGUACGUCUGUGAGGAUCUCGAAGAUACCGAAUAUUUAUAGGGCGGUGUCUAUCGCUGUGGAUAGCGAAGGACUUAAUUUUGCUUGUUUACAGAUAAAGCCGACAUGUGGCCUCCGCUCCCUGCCACAGUUAUCUCCCACCAGUAUGUCCAAACACAUGGAAUCUCUGCGCGAAUGUGCAUCCGAAGACGAUCUACUACACGAUGUCAUUUUCAAGGUCGGCCAAAAAUCCUAUCCCGCACACAUGUACAUAAUAGCAUCUAGCAGCGAGCAUCUAUACAAGUUGUACCAAGAGAAACUGACCCAGACUAAUCCGGGGGACAAACCAGAGGUCACCUUGGAGAAUGUCCACCCUGAAGCCUUUGAGAGGGUGAUGAAGUUCAUGUACACUGGCUCGUGUGACGUGGCCGAGUUGGGGCCGUGUGGACUGAAGAUCACCAAGGAAGAGCUGGUGAAGAAGGAUAAGGAAGCUGACGAAGAGUUGGAGGUGAUCGAAAACCCAUCAGAGAUAUCAGCAUUCGAAGUGUACAACAAACAGAGCGACAAGGCGAAGCGCCAACGCAACCGUCGCAGCGCGGACACCCCGCCGCGCUCCCACCAGUACUGCGACCCCGUCAAACUCGUGCAGGCCACCGCCAAGCGCCUGCAGGUCAUGGCGCUGCAUAAACUGCUCGAUAAGUUCUACUACAAGAACGGCUCAAUAUGUCUAAAAGAGAGUGCGAGUACCAACUUCACUCGCAACCCGGCCCCAUGUUGGAAUCGCGAGGCCUACCCCGAGCUGGUGGACACGCACGUGGUGAGCAAGGACGGGGCCGCCGUGCCCGCGCACAAGUGUGUGCUCGCCGCACGACUCGACUACUUCCAAGGGAUGUUCAUGCACUCCUGGACUGAGAGCAAGAUGCUGUCCAAAGUGACGCUCCCAAUAAAUUACGGCAUCUUACUGCCUGUCAUCAACUUCUUAUACACGGAUUCGUGUCCAGAGAUAGAAAGCAGUGACAGUAUCGACUUCAUCUGCAACCUACUGAUAGUCGCUGAUCAGUUAUUCAUUACGCGACUGAGAGAAAUGUGCGAAAUCGCACUAGCAAACUUGAUCAACUUGAAAAACUGCGCAGAACUCUGCCAGUUCGGACACACGUACAACGCGACGCAGCUGAAACAAUGCUGCAUGGAGUUCAUUGCCCUCAACUUAAACAGUGUCCUAGAAAACCGAGCCUUAGACUUACUAGAGGAAACUUUACUUGACGACAUCACUCAGUAUUAUUGCAAGUUCAACCCGAUCAUGUCCUCCAGAGUCAUCACUCCAUUCUUUAAUGCACCUUCAGAUGAGGUGAUAGAAGAAUUCGCCAAAACCUACCCCGUCAACCUAGAACUAACUGACGAGGAGUACAAAAAGGAUGACAGUGUCAUAGAGAUUGUUAGUAAUAAAAAGAAAAAAGGAAAGAAGAUAGAGUACACAGAGAGUGAGAAGGAGAGGAUGAGGUACGAAUCUGUGAGCUCAGUGACGUCACUGGACCUGUCGAAUGAUACUUCCAAGGAUAUUACGCUGUCUUUGAGCAAAAUAUCCAAGGACACGGAGAAAGGAACUAAAGAUAAGCAGGAGAAAUGGACAGAAGUGACGCCUUCGCAGAAACAGUUGAAAGUCGUCCAAGCCAGACUCAGGGCCAUAAACAUUGCCAAGGAUAUGAUGAAUGAAGCUUCCUCCGAAUCUUUUACUAAACUCACGAAGAGCAGUUCUUCAAGUGCCAUGACGAUAGAGAAGUUGCCGACCUCCUCGCGAAUGUCGGUCUCCCCUAAAGAGUCCCCUACCUCCGAGCCCGCUUGGGGUACACAGGGUAACCUAGUUAUAAGUCACGUGGGACCAAAAUUAUCUCAGAAACAGCGCAAGAAGUUAGCCAUGCAAGGAAACGAUACAGCAUCUCAAACUAUUGAUUUCUUCAAUAAGGUGACUGUGGGUAGUCCGCCUGAUAAACCAAAGAAUCCAUGGAAGAUCUGCGAGCCACCGGUUGCUAGUAGCAGCCCAAAAGCAAAAACUAUAGAAUUUAAUAAGAUAUUGACAGACCAGAAGAAGCAAAAAGAGGAUCACUCAAGAAUCAUGACCAAACCACUUCUUAUGACACAGCUCGAAGACAAAGCUAUAGAGCAAUUGGAGAGGUUCUACAACAUUCACGAGAUUGAUGAUGAGCUGAUCACAGUGCGGCGCAUUGAGCUGCAAGUGUCCUCUCCACAGUGGCUGCACACUGCCCCCAAGUGAUACCUGUGCUAUUUUUACACAUUAAUAUUAUAUUUCCUAUGACCUAAGAUUGUAAUUGUUUAUUUUUACUAAUACAAUGAAAUUAUAAACAA